AUGGCCAUAUCUUUAAACUCCAUCGUGAGCUUCAGCUCAACAAAGUUGGAAACCAAGUAUCAUGAUACGUCAAGAUAUUCUGUUGGAGCUUCUUUACCAAAGGCCACUCAGUUUUCACCCUUCUUGGUAGUAUCCAGACCGAGAAAGCUUGUUAAGGAAAGAAGAUUUGGUCAUUGUUUUUCAGUGGCGGAUAGUGACCAGCUUGCAGCAGACAACAACAGUAGUAAGGAGGACUUUGACAAUGCUGAAAAUUCACCAACCAAUGAUCAGUUACCAUCCUUGAAUCCCCCAGAUGAAAAUUUCCAAUUGCAAGCUAAAGUUGAUCCUGAGUCAGUAUCUCAAACAUUAGAGGCUUCCAAUGGUUCAAUUAAUCAAGAGCAAAGAUCAGCAGCAGGAUCUCCUAAGUCACAAUCUGCAACCAAACGACCUUCCCUUACAGCAAGAGAGAGGUUAAAGGCGGCUCGAGCCAUCAGCCGAGACACACAAUCCAAACCAUCUAAAGCAGACAUGAACAGCAGGGUGUUAGAGGCUUUAAAACAGAGUGACAAAGGGAAGAGAAAAUCUGGACUUCCAGAGGCCCCAACUAAUUUGUUUGAUGAUAGCAAACGAGGGUUGUCAACAGGCUUCACUUUCCAAUUUCCUGGAGGUUCUGAUCUCUUUUUCAUUGUCUUGUCAUUUGUUUUAAUCAGCUCAAUCAUGUUUGCAACAACUUACAUUGUGUGGAAAGUUGGUGCAAUUCAUUUCAAUGAGUAUUGA